UUUGUUGUUGUUUGUUUCAUAUAUACUAUGCUUUGUUGGGACCCCCCAACCCUUUUCUACCAAGUGCAAGAAAAUGGAAAUUACAUUGCUCGUAAGGGCCUCUUCUAAACACUUUCCUUCAUUCUAGACAUCAAAAUCAAAUGAAGCAAGAUCAAUUCAUCAACCUACCUUUAUUUCUUGUUCUCUUUGGUCCAUUCCUAGUGAUCUCACAAAACCAACCUUUCAAUGAAGAUAUGUUAGGAUUAAUAGUUUUCAAAGCAGGUCUAGAAGAUCCAAAAAACAAACUCUCAACUUGGAAUGAAGAUGAUUAUAGUCCUUGCAAUUGGGAUGGUGUAAAAUGUGACCCUUCAACAAAUAGAGUGUCUUCUCUUAUCCUUGAUGGUUUCUCUCUUUAUGGACACAUUAAUAGAGGCCUUAUGAGAUUGCAGUUCCUUCAAAUUCUUUCCCUCUCUAGAAAUAACUUCACAGGGACUAUAAAAAAUGACCUUCUUACCCUUUGGAAUCUAAAAGUUGUUGACUUGAGUGAAAACAAUCUCUUUGGAACAAUCCCUGAUGGAUUUUUUCAACAAUGUUGGUCUCUAAGAGUUUUGUCAUUUUCUAAAAACAAUCUCACAGGUAAAAUUCCUGAUUCUUUAACCUCAUGCUUCUCAUUAGCAACUUUGAAUUUUUCAUCAAAUCAACUAUGUGGUGAAUUACCAUAUGGAAUGUGGUUUCUUAGAGAACUACAAUCACUUGAUCUUUCAAAUAACUUGAUUAAAGGAAAUAUUCCUGAAGGGUUUCAAAAUUUAUAUGAUUUGAGAGAGUUAAGGGUAGGGAAGAAUCUCUUCACUGGUAAGAUUCCUGAGAGUGUUGGAAACUGUUUGCUUUUGAAGUUGAUCGAUUUCAGUGAUAAUUUUCUAUCUGGAAAAUUUCCUGAGUCAAUACAAAGAUUAACCUCAUGCACAUUUCUAAGUUUGCAAGGGAAUUCUUUCACAGGAGGAAUUCCACAUUGGAUUGGAGAAUUGAUAAAUCUAGAGAUAUUGGAUCUUUCUGAAAAUAGAUUUUCUGGUUGGAUUCCAAAUUCUAUUGGAAAUCUUGAAUCACUUAGUAGAUUGAACCUUUCGAGGAAUCAUAUCACCGGAAAUUUACCUGAAACAAUGGUGAACUGCAUUAAGCUUUUGAGUCUUGAUGUUAGUCACAAUCAUUUGAAAGGAAUUAUUUCUUCAUGGUUAUUUAGAAUUGGUAUACAAAGUAAUAAUAGUAAGAGGAAUUCUAGUUCAUUUUCUUCUGUUUAUUAUUAUUAUGGACUUCAAGUUUUGGAUUUGUCAUCAAAUGCAUUUUUUGGUCAAAUUCCAUUUGGGAUUGGAGGUCUUAGUAGCUUGCAAACAUUGAAUUUAUCCACCAACAAUAUCUAUGGUUUUAUUCCAGUGAGUGUGAGAGAGCUUAAAAGUUUGUACAUUCUUGAUUUGAGUCACAAUGAGCUUAAUGGAAGCAUUCCUGAUGAAAUUGAAGGGGUAAUUUCACUUACUGAAUUGAGGCUUCAAAGGAAUUUCUUAGGUGGAAGAAUUCCAGUUCAAAUUGCAAAAUGUUCAGCACUAAGAUCAUUGAAUCUUGCACACAACAAGCUUAAUGGUUCAAUCCCUGCAUCAAUUGCAGAGCUAACAAAUCUUCAGUAUGCAGAUUUAUCAUAUAAUAAACUCUCUGGAACCUUACCUAAGGAACUCACAAAUCUUACACAACUUUUCUCAUUUAAUGUUUCCUAUAACCAUCUCCAAGGUGAAUUACCAGUUGGUGGAAUCUUUAAUAAAAUCUCUCCCUCAUUUGUUUCUGGAAAUCCCUUGUUGUGUGGUUCUGUUGUUAAUCAUUCAUGUCCAUCUUUCCAUCCAAAACCAAUUGUUUUAAACCCUAAUUCAAAUUGCUCCAACUCAAGAUCUUCAUUACAAAACCAUCAUCAUAAGAUAACUCUUAGUAUCUCUGUCUUUAUUGCUAUUGGUGCAGCUAUUUCUAUUGUUGUUGGUGUUGUUGCUGUUACUGUGUUAAAUAUUCAUGUGAGAUCUUCAAUGUCACAUUCUGAUCCUCCAUUUGCUUUAUCUGGUGGUGAGGACUGUAGUUUUUCGCCUUCUAAAGAUCCAAAUUGUGGAAAACGUGUUAUGUUUUCUGGUGAUGUUGUUGAUUUUGUUGAUGAGGCUCAUAACCUUAACAUAGAGAGCGAAAUUGGUGGCGGCGGAUUUGGAAUUGUUUAUUAUGUUGUACUUCGAGAUGGGAGCUCUGUUGCAAUCAAGAAGCUUAUAGUGUCAAGUUUGACUAAGUCUCAAGAAGAUUUUGUGAGGGAAGUUAAAAAGCUUGGUGAGAUUAGGCAUCAUAAUCUUGUGGUCAUUGAAGGUUAUUAUUGGACUUCAUCAUCGCAACUUAUUAUUUAUGAGUACUUGUCUAGAGGGAAUUUGAAUAAGCUUUUACAUGAUGAUCAUAGCAAAAUUGUGUUUACUUGGAGGCAAAGGUUCAAGAUUAUUUCAGGUAUAGCAAAAGGGUUGGCUUAUUUACACCAAAUGAACAUAACCCAUUAUAAUAUAAAAUCAACAAAUGUUUUCAUUGAUUUUAAUGAUGAACCAAAAAUAGGAGACUUUGGUCUGUUGAAUCUAUUUCCAAUGCUAGACCAUUGUGUUUUGAGUAGCAAAGUUCAAAGUGCACUUGGAUACAUGGCUCCCGAGUUUGCGUGCCGAACGGUUAACAUAACCGAAAAAUGUGACAUAUAUGGUUUUGGAGUUUUGGUACUAGAAGUUGUGACUGGAAAAAAACCUGUAGAAUAUAUGGAGGAUGAUGUGGUUGUUUUAUGUGACAUGGUGAGGAGUUCAUUGGAGGAUGGAAAAAUUGAGCAGUGUAUUGAUGAGAAACUUUUGGGUGAUUUUUCUGUAGAGGAAGCAAUGCCUGUGAUUAAAUUGGGAUUGGUUUGUGCAUCAAAAGUACCAUCGAGUCGUCCCGAUAUGGCUGAGGUUGUCAACAUAUUAGAGUUGAUUCAAUGCUCUUCGGAAGGACAACAAGAGGAUUUACAAUGAAUUUUCAAGUAUAUAGAUUGAAACUUAGCAUAUUUUGCAAUACCUGGUGAAGAACAAUCUGGUUUGCUUGCUUUUGAAGUUAUAUAUACAUGCAAAGAAUUAAUAUUCAAUCAAUUUCUUUUUUAAGUUGUUUGUUGUUUGAAUUUCUAUCACUCCAAAGUUUCACCAUAUUUUUCUUUUUCUUUCUCAUUUGUGUUCAUUUUAAGUUGAACGAUUGUAUUUUUCUUCACUAAUUUUGUAGCUAAUACAUUGGUGGUCUUUUUGAAGAAUUUGAAUUCUUUAUUGCUGAAAAA